UUAAAGGUACCAUGUUGGCCACAGUAGAAUCGCCAGAGGCAAUGCAUUUUUAGGAAGUUUGCUCCAGUGGGCGCGAUGCGUUUCGAAAUACACAGUGUCUCUUUCUCGUUGUUCGUUUUAGGGCCGCUGACAAUUUGAAUUUUGAAAUUUGUGAAUUUUGUGAAGUGUGAAUCUUCGAUUUGAAUUUUGCCUACUUUGUUGCAGAAGGGGGUCAGACUUGGCAGCAUAGUUUUUUUGGACAGAACCGUAAACUCGGUCACAAGCGAUUUCAGUUACAUAGGCUAGUUUCUUUUUAUAACCUUUAACGUGUAUUCAUUUUGCUCUCUUCGUUUCGUGAAGAGAUGCAUUGGUGAAAGUGAAGUUGCAGAAAAAAAAAUAUUUAUAAAAAAAGGAAAGCAGUAAAAAAAAAUAAAAAGUUUGUAUUCCCACUGUGUAGGGCGACUCGCCUGUAGUCAGCCGGUCAGCACUGGCUAAGGGGGUGGAGGCGCGAGUGAACAUGGGGAACGGAGUGUGUUCGCGGAGACAGAAGCGGAUAUUUCAGUCGCUGAUUCUGGUCACCCUGGUCUGCGGGACCGUGUACGCGGGCAUGAUAUCGUACGAAAUGCACAAGCAGCUGAAGAGGACCGAGGCGAUGGCGGUCAAAUAUUUGCAGCAUCAGGAGUCGCUGUCGGCGCAGCUGCAAGUGGUUUAUGAACACCGCUCCAGACUGGAGAAGAACCUGCAGAAGGAGAGACUGGAACACAAGAAGGCUAAAGAAGAUUACCAGGUCUACAAACUGGAAUCACAGCAGACCUUGCACAAGGAGAAGCAAGAUUACAGCAACAGGUUUAAUGCCCUGCACGUGCAACACCAGCUGCUGAAGAACCAGCACGAUGACCUGAAGAAGCAGUUCUAUGACCUGCAGGAGGAGCAUCAGAACCAGGAGGAGGAGCACGGCCGGGUGGUGGACGAACACCGGGACCAGAUCCAGAGGGUCCAGCAGACCAAGGAGGAGGAGAUCACCCGGCUCAAAGAGAACUCGUAUAACCUGCGGGAGGAGAACAGGCAGCUGAGGAAGGCCCAUCAGGACGUUCACUCCCAGCUGCUGGACACGCGGCAACAGCACAAAGACCUGAAGACGUCUCACGACAGGCUGUCCGGCCUCCUGCAGGACCACAAGAAUGCGCUGGCCGUCGCCCAGGUCCAGGUGCAGGAGCUGAAGAAUCUGAAGCAGGUGCUGAACGGGAGGCCCAGUUUAAACCUGGCCCCGAUUCAGAGCCCGACCCCCGCCCCCGCCCCGCAGCGCGCUGCCACCCACCAGGAGGAGAAGCCACUCCACGAGGAGGAGAUGCGGGUUGACCUCCAGGAGGAGGUGAAAGGGCAGGUCAGCCAGCCUCAGCCUCCGAUAUCCCAGGGCGCCGUGCAAACGGAGGCGGAGGAGCACGGGGAGGAGGAGCAGGUGCCCGAGGAGCAGGUCCCCAAGGAGCAGCAGGUUCCCGAGCAGCAGCAGGUGCAGAGGGUGAAGUCGGCGUACGAGCAGCAGCAGGAGCAGCAGCAGCUGGCCGCCCAGCUGGCCGAGGAGCGCCGGAACCUCCAGGCGCGCCAGGAGGCCCUGCAGCAGCGGCUGAGGGACAGGGAGCAGCGGCUCCUGCAGGAGCAGGAGGCGCGGGACCGCGGCGUGCGCCAGCGGCAGGAGGAGGAGCAGAGGCUCCGCGAGGAGCAGGAGAGGGCUCAGCUCCUGCGGGAGGAGCAGGGCCGGGAGCAGGACCUGCAGGAGGAGCAGGAGACGGAGCGGCACCAGCACGACCUGCAGGAGCGGCAGCAGCACCGGCAGGAGCAGGAGCAGAGGGAGGUGGAGGUGGAGCGCCACCAGCAGCUCCUCCAGGAGCACAGGCUCAGACACAGGGCUCAGUAUGACCAUGUGGAUGCAGACAACGUUGAGGGUGAGGAAGUUCCUCAGAAGGAGGGAGGAGAGGCGAUGACCCCCCCGCACCCUGCGGAGGAGGAAGAGGAGGAGAGGCACGACGAAGGAGCUGAGCUACAGCCGGAAGGGGAGGAGGAGCCAGCAGAGGGGGACCUGAACCCGGAGGACGACCCCAACAACCAGGGGGAGGAUGAGUUUGAGGAGGCAGAGGAGCACCAGGAUGGGGCAGCCCCGAACCGCCCUGCCACUGACGAGCAGCUGGUGAUGGCUGGAAACCCAGACCAACAGGAGGACGAGCAGUAUGAGGAAGAGGAGGAGGAAGAGGUCCAGGACAACCUGCCAGACAGCCCGCACAGGGAGGAGGAAGAGGAGGAGAACGAAGAGGACCCGUACAACGAUGUGAAUGGCGAGACUGUGGAGACGGAUGGGAAGAAAGAGCCGGAACAUCAGGACAAAGCCGCCCAGAAAGAGGUGGAGAACUACGAAGAGGACGAGGAGGACGUGGUGGAGGGCGGGGCCAGGGACACGCGGACCAAUCGGAGGGCAGAGAUGUGAACGGCUGCCAGGGAGACGUAGUGCCUUCGCCGAGACACGCCCGGCUCCUUCAUGUGGCCAUCAGAGCUUCUUUUUUUUUUUUACCAUUUUUAUUAUUAUUAGUAAUAUUAUAAUUAUGUAUUUUUUCUAAAGAAAUGUCUUUUUUGUGAGGUGGAGAAUCUGUUCAAAUCGGUGCUCUUGUCCGUCCAAGAGGGGGAGGAGGUGACCCUUGAACUCAGAGACAGGCGUUAGACACAAAGGGGGUCAGACACGCUGUCCGUGCGUCUGUCCGUCCGUCUUGCUGUUGGGGCUUUCCAUGCGACCGUGGAAUAGAGAGACUGGUGUUUGAUGGAAACAUGUUGUCACGGAUAGGGUUUUUUUUUUUUUUUUAUGGAUAAAAGAUGUCAUUUUUAAAACGAAACGUGACCGUUGUGUUCAUGCAUUUGUAUGAAAAGGUCCCACGGCUGUGCCUUUGGUACGAGAUACCCAGCGGAUUUUUAAACUUUGAAGCUUUUAAAAACGACGUCUGAAGUGUUUCGAGACUGCUCCUCGCCCCGUACGCUCGGAGAGCCGAUGGGACGACCCGUUCCUACCCUCCCCCGGUCACCUGACGACGCGGCGCACCUGUUCCCCGGAGGUCCCUGGCAGCCGACCGUCGCCCCGUUCUGUCGCGGAGGAGACGCUGCACCGGCGAGAGCUAAUCACAGAAGACAGGCCUCUCUCAUCUGACACUGUUAAGCUGCACUGCCCGUUUGUGUCAUGCUUCCAGGCCACUCUUGAGGAGUAGGUUUUUUUUGGAAUGUUUUUUUUUGUUUAUAUUUUCUUAUACAUAUAUAUAUCUAUAUAUAUAUAUAUUUUUUCUAAAUUCUAAAUCAGUGUUCUAGAACUCUGGAAUUGUUUUCCAUUACGAGUAGUGAUUGUUGCAUCAGCACUAGAAUGUACAGUUUAAGAACGUCUAAUUUCUGAUCUCAUACCUUAAUGGGUUAAACAGCACAACAGGAGUGUUGGGAGGGGGGCAGAGCUCCCCUGGGUCCCGAGUGCAGUCCAUUGGUCAGUUGCAGAAUGUUUCCUCACAGACUGCCGAUGGUCCCACAUCUUUAUAACGCCACCGUCUUGCAGGCUUAAUCAGGUUUAAUCUCCACACCGGAGGGAUUUCUGCCGAAUUCAGUCUCUCCUCGAAAAUAAUUACUUUCAUCCAUCAGCUCUGAGCUGGGAAUUGGGAGGGUCUGCCACACUUUGCCCACUCUCUCGUUAAACUUCCACUGCCACACUGUUGCUGAGCUGUUGUAGCAACAUAAUCCCUUCUCCAAAAAAAGAAAAACUCUUUAGACUUGGCAGGAUUCGACUUAUGUUACUUAAAACAUCUGUAAAUGUCAAAAACAUCCCAACUGCCCGAAGGAGUACAUUUUCCACCUCCACAAGUUCUCGACGUGAAGUAUUAAUGGAAGAAGAACCUGCUGCCUUGAAGAACCUUCUUUUGGAUUACACACACUGGUGGAGAGCUUUACCCUGCUGAAAGAAACUGCUCAAACUAGGCUGCGUUUGAAACAGCUGGUAGCUGGUCGACCAGUUCAGACCAGCUCCCAGCUCAACAUGGUUUAGUCGGUUGACCAGUUCAGACCAGCUCCCAGCUUGACCUGGUUUGAAACAGCUGACCUGCUAACAGCUCAGACAGCUACCCGCACUUGCUGGUUGGCCAGUUUAUGAUUAGCUUGGCCAGAUUGAAAAUUGAGCUGGAUUUUACACUUGGGUAUGCUACGGACACUAAAUCAACAACACCGGAUAAUUCCAUACAAACCCCGCCAAUGUUCUUGAUGUUUUCCUAUCCUUUUUUUUUUUUUUUGCCUUUUUGUAAGGCAUAACCGAAUGAAUGUUACUUAUCAGAUUAUUAGGCCUUGCCGACUCUGAUACCUUUGCUGUCCGACUCCACUCCUUAAGUGGGUACUUUACUGUUACAAAUGACCACUGACCACAUGUGUGCAGUGUUGGGAAGCAACAGGCGGAUCUGUGUCGUGCUGUGAGUCAUUGACUUGAAGAAAUCGAGCAAGCGACUUUGCUCCCUGUAGGAAAACACUGUAAAUUGAAGUCAGUGAGUCACUGAUGAAACAUGACGGCUCCACCUACUGGGGUACCUGAAGACACGGUCUCCCAUCACUAAUCGUGGGUACUAUUAAGUGUGUCAUCAUGAAGAUGUAUGUGUUCAAUAUUAUCUUUUGUUCUUUCUUGAGACAAGGGACGUCGUUGCAGUGAGUAUGAAUCUAUGCACCUGUACAUUGAGAGCAACAUCUGAAGCUUUCAUUAUUAGGGGGUAGCAGAAUUCAAUGGUCAUGUGUGCCUUUCUUUGUUUUGUGUUAGUUGUUUCUCAUCAGCUAUGCUACAAAAUUGAUCAAUCAAUCAUCCAAUCAAUUGUUUAUUUACUGCUGUAAAAUAUAUCAAUAUAAAUAUAUACAUUUUGUACAUAAGUUGUCCGCAACUGGGGAGAUUCCGCUAUGUCUGAUUUUCAAAAAGCUUUGUAUUGAAAGUGCUCGUAUGUGAAGAGCAGUGGAUGGUUAAAUAAAGUGGGUUCAUGUGCUAUUG